CGCAUCCAUAAACGAACCAAUGAAAUGUAUUGAAGCGCCAUCGUUAUUUAAAAAAAAUAACGGCAGCUAAUGAGAGCUCAGUAUUCAUCGCACCGGUUAAAUGAAGCGCUGUGAUUGGCCGCACACUUGAACAGGUGCUAUGCGUCAUCCGCCAUAACGUACGUGAAUUGUGAAAGUGUGCUUUGUUUAGAAUAUUGUUAAAUCCAGUGUCGUGUAAGUUAUUAAUUAAAGUUACAGUGUUAUUAAAGUGUAAAGUGUUAUCUAUGUGUUAUUAAUCAUGACCGAAUGGUACAGAAUGAAUACGGGAUUGACCAAGCAUAAUUCUACGGAACUGUCGGAAGAAAUGUCAGAUUCCUUCAAUACAUUUUCGGAAAAUCUAAGUCCUAUCCCGCCAGUGUUCCCAAGGAAGCUGGAUUUUAGUUAUCCUGACGAUGAAGAGAAAGUGGGAUCUCCUGCGCCAUCAUCAAUGAGUCCACCAUACAGAAAAGUUCGAGCUUUGAGGUUAUUCGACAGUCCCCGAACGCCGAAGAGCCUUCUAGAAAAAUGCUCAACGCCAUCCCACAACACUUCCAGGUCGCGACUGUUUCCUCCCAAACUCAAUGUACCAUCAGGCGUCACCACGGGCUCCAGCCACCACCUGCAUCCGCCGGACGAGGACAGCGCACUCGGCAGCAUGCACGAGGACUCUAAACCCGUGGCCAACAUCAACCCGUUCACUCCUGAUGGCCAAGCGUUGAACAAGAAAAAGCGGGCGCUAUCUAAAACACCGACUUCUAUGGGAGAUGCCACACCGGAGCAGCCGGCUAAAAGAUUGAGGGAGUCCAACAUAUCCCGCUACAAUGUAGAGUUCAUUGAACUCGGCGUGAUCGGCCGCGGCGAGUUCGGCCGCGUCACGCGCUGCGUCAACAAACUAGACGGAUGUGUGUACGCACUGAAGCGGUCGCUCAGGCCGGUGGCGGGCUCUGCGCAGGAGCGCGCCGCGCUCACCGAGGUGUACGCGCAUGCCGUGUUGGGGAAACAUCCCCGGGUCGUCAGAUACUACUCAGCGUGGGCAGAAGACGACCACAUGAUAAUCCAGAACGAAUACUGCUCCGGGGGCAGCCUGCAGCAGAUGAUGGAGAACGGCCCGCUGCCUGAAAGCGAACUGUUACUACUGCUGGCCCACGUUGCUGAUGGUUUAGCUUACAUCCAUUCGUUACAACUCGUACACAUGGACGUGAAACCCGGUAACAUCUUCGUGUGCAGCCGAGAAGGCGAACCAGCGGCGGACUCAGACGAUGACGACUAUAACACCAACACGCACAUAUACAAGAUCGGUGAUUUAGGUCACGUGACGUGCGUGUCAUCCCCGCGUGUAGAGGAGGGGGAUUGUCGCUAUCUCACUCGCGAGAUCAUUCAGGAGGAUCUCACACAUCUCACCAAGUCCGACAUAUUCGCUUUCGGUCUGACGCUGUUCGAGGCGGCCGGUGGCGGCCCGUUACCUAAGAACGGCCCCGCCUGGCACGCGUUGCGGGACGGACAGCUGCCCGACCUGCCCGGUAUAUCCCGGGAAUUCCACCAGCUCAUACAGAAAAUGAUCGACCCGGACCCGAACCAGCGACCGUCCGCGAGCCGGCUGCGGAAGCACCCGCUGCUACAUCCGGCCGGCAACAAGAGCAAGACGCAACUAACGAGGGAGCUAGCGGCCGCUAAGCUUAAAAACGAGUUGCUCACCAAGAAACUAGACGAAUAUGCGAGAUGUCUAAAAUCCCUGACCCCCGGCCGCCUUGUAACCCAAGACUCCGCCAAGUUCCGAACGCGCUCAGCGAAGCGCAUGCAGAAACCGAGGGAACAUCUCCUCGACGCCAUACAAAAUAUCAGCUCGCCCAUACACCGCUUGGACAGGCGGACGGACAGACGGAAAAAGGUAUAGAUAUACAUAUAUAGCAACCCACAGAAUACAAGAGAAAUUAAUACGGAAACUUGGAAACUGCAAAUGUUUAAAAUGCAUCAAGGAUUUGAUUAUCAUGUAAAGAAGAUAAUUAUAGAUAUGUAAGCGACUCACAUUUUAUCAGAAAAAAAAAUAUAUUAAAAUUGGAAACUACAGUUACACCUUACAGUAGUGCAUUAUUUUCCGUAUUUUCACGGAAACGUACGAACUAUUUCAGUCAGUCUCGGUACAAAAAGUACUGAGGUUGACUGAAGUAUCGUGACAAAUACGAACGUUUCCGAGCAAAUACGAUGGAAAACAAUUAUGCACUUGCACUACAUCUGUAUAGAUAUAUGUAAGCGACUCUCACUUUUUACCGGAGAAAAAUAUAUUAAAAUUGGAAACUACAGUAACAAUCUACUUACAGCACCACAGUUACAGUGUAAGGUAUACCUGGAUAAGA